UCUUUAGCUGCAGCGGGCCAGAUCUGCCAUGGGGCCCUGCUUAGGAGUCCCUGUUCUCCACUGGACCUUGGGGCUCCUGGUGUACCUCAGCCCCCUCCUCAGCAUCAGCCACACCUUGGCCAAUAGUCCUGAAGCUCAAGGCUCUGGGAUUAUGGAUAAUGGUGGCGUGCACUUUGCUGUGAAGGGGAUGCGAGGAGAUUCUGUAUGGUUCCACAUGGUCCUGAAGUCAGGAGAGAUGCUGGAGGAGAUCACGUGGGGCAUUGGACCUGAGUCAGCAUACACAAACUUCCUGCGAGUCAACAAUGGACCAGACUCUCCCAAAUGGCUUGGCCUUCAGGACAAGUUCAAGGGGAGAGUCCAUGUGCCCAACAUGACAUCCCUUAUGAUUGAGAGUUUGAUCCCCCAAGACAGGGGGCAGUACCGGGCUGCGGCCAUGCGCACAGGAGGAUUAUCACUUAAUCAGGUUUUCCACCUCUCUGUCUAUGAGCCAGUGCCUGCUCCUCACCUCAUGGCCAAGUCAGCAUCCUUGACGUCAGGCUGGUGUAACAUCACCCUGGAAUGCAAUGUCACAGAUGCCACCGAGGACCUGAAUGUGACCUGGGAGAGCACAGGCCUGAACAGGGAGCUGAAGCAUGGAGGGACACUGGGACCAGCCUCCAUCUCCUUGACCCUGGCUGUGAGUGUCCCCAUGAGUCAGCCCAAUGCCAGCCUCAGCUGUGUGGUCAGCAACCUGGUGGACCAGAAGACUGCCACCUUAGACCUUGGUGACAUCUGUGUUCAAGAAUCAAAGCUUCAUGUACAGAGCAUUUUUAUCCUUGUUCAAUUAAUUCGGGGAGCUCUUCUGGUUGCAUUGCUGAUCCUGGUUGCUGGACUCUACUUUUGGAAGACUCACUGGGGGAAGAAGAAGGAGACUGGAACAGGCAAGGGUGGAGAGCAACAACAUCUGGAAGAAACCUACCAUGAUCAUCUACAGUUGGAUUCCUAACCUAAUUCAUCUGAAUGAAGGAAGCAGAACUGGCAGUUCGGGGGCACCUGCACUCCAAGGCUGAUGUGUGCAGAUCCUUCAUCUGCAGCUGUUGUUUAGCUUCAGUUGUGCUGCUCUGACUAACCCUGACCUGGUGUCUACAACUCCCCAGGCACAUGUUGCGUGUUCAUACUGCUCUUUCACUGAGGAUCCACACAAGUGCCUCGUGAGGUCUCUUCCUCUGGCAUUGCCAUGAUUCCUGACAUCUUUUGCUCAGACAUCUUCCCAUGGAGUUGCUGCCUGCGCAUAUGUAUAGCUAAUCUCUACUGUCUCUGCUUAGUCACUCUGAGACAUUAUGAGUUCUUAAGCUCUGGGAGAGGAAUAUUGUGGAGGUGCUGACUGUGCUGAAGGAGCUGGGUCCUGGCUCCUGGUUUGGAGGGUGACGGAGGCCCUUUGAGUGCUUGAGGUUCUAACAGGACUGGUCUGAUACUUUCUUUGCAAAUCUUGCAUAGGGCUCACUUGGGGGUGCUGAGGAGUGUGUAUGUGUGUAUGUGUGAGUGUGCUUGGGGGGGUGUCUAUUGUAUUUGUGUACCUGGGAUACAGCGUUUGCAUCAGCUAGUGUACUCAUGUGACUCUUCCUUAACCUCUCUUCAUCAAUUGAAACCCACCUACCUGGCCUUUCUCAGAUGUCUUUUCUCAAAGAAUGUCUCUGGGAAGCAAAGCAAGAAUUUGCUGUAGGAAAAGGAGCCCAGCGCCUUCUGAGCCACACCUUCCUGCUCCUUUGACUGUCCCUUUUCUGUUGAGAAAUCCCAGCACUGGCUUUUUGACACACACAGCUGUUCUCUAAGUGUGGUGAUCUUCAGAAUCAGACUGCCAGAGCUUGAGUAUUUGGGAACCCUCCUCUCUUCUUUCAUGAUUCAGCUUUCCCAGUACCUCUUAUGAGCGUACUGGGUUAUAACAGUGCAAAGGUUACAAUGGAGGUGGGCAUUUGACCUGGUGAAUAUAAGGCUGAGUAGAACACCUGCUUCCUAUAUCCCAGUUCCUGAAUUAAUUCCUGGCUCUGGGCUCCUGAUUCCAUCUUUUGCCAUUGAAGACUCCGGAAGACAACUCAAGAAUCAUGUUCCUGUUAUCCACAUGGGAGAGCUGGAUUUAGUCCUUAGAUCCUGGCUUUUCCCAGGGCUCUGGGUCUGUGGGGAGUAAACAAAUGCAUGGGAAUUUUCUGUCUCCCAAAACAGAGAAAUAAACAUAAAUCUACCUCG